AUUCUAUCGAUACCGAGCGAAUUCGACUGAUAAGGGCAUAACAUAUACAUUUAUUGAUAGGGAACUACAGAGAUGAACGUCGAUGUGUCAGUAGUAAGAACCUUGUAAUUGAAUUUAGGUUCGUGGAUACUCAAACAGAACAAAAAUGAAGCCACAACUGGUCGCAAUAUGGAUACUUUUAAUAACGUGUCCUGCGAAGAAGAUGGAAGCCCAGCAAAACUUUCUUGGAGGUGCACUACAUUACAGUCUAACUGAUGCACCAAAUGGGAAAAUUCUGGCCAACAUUGAACUUAUAACAGGUUGGAUUCUAGGGAAAGGCCCGUGUGGAACUAAUUGUUCGAGAGCAAGUAUUGGAAAAUCUACUUUAGCUACCAGAGCAUUGUUAGAAAGUCAAAACUAUUGGUAUUUUGGUGAAUUUUCCACAGAUUAUACAGUGUCACCUUCACAAAAUGUAGAUAUUUUUUGGACUGGAAUCAGAAAUAUAACUCAAAUAGUUCAAGCAAAUAUGACGGAAAAUGUUAUUGCUGUGAGCGAAAACGCUAAGUGGGAGCAGGAGAUGGCAAAGUUUUCGUUUGAACUUACACCGGACACUCUAAAUGAGGAUCUAAAUUUUGACGGUAACUACUGGCGGAACCUAAGUCUUCAAUACACAUAUAUGCGGGAUUUAACGUCUGACUGGUUUUUACGUUGGCAUUUGCAAACUCAAAUCAACCACGAAAUACGAAAUGACACCAGAAAACGUAACAAAUGUCCAAUCACAUUAUUACGACCGAUCUACAGAGUAAAGCUAAAUGAAAUCUCGACAAUACAACUACCAUAUAUCGAUACGGAUGAAGAUUUCGUGAAGUGUAGCCUAUCGCAAUUUAUUGAGGCUGGAGAUUUAUUUUUUGCCUUCCCUGGAAUAAAAGUAUCUGAGAAAUGUUCCAUCACAGUUGAUGCUUCUUAUUCGAAUGGUUUCAUCGAUAGCACAUGGAUAGCGAUUCCCAUCACUAUGAGAGAUUACCCGACAAGUGUUAUAAUGUUUGGAAAUAACACAAUCACGCCUUAUCAAUCAAUGUGUACUUUCAGUGUACAGUUUGUUGUCCAGAUCCUUGAACAUCUUGACAUCCCGAUGUUUGUUGCCCCAACAAAGGAAGAUGGACACGAAUUUUAUUUGUUUUCGGGGGCAACAUGGAGUACAUCUGUAUAUGCACAAGCUGCUAAAAACACAACCAUUGAGGAAUUCAUCAUUACUGUCAGAAAUAUGGAAAACAUCACGAUACGGACAUUACAUGACUACGAAGGAGGCGACCCAAGAGUUAGAUAUGCAGAAAUAUCUUGGACCCCUUCGUCCCAAGAAGAAGCACAUCAUAUUGUGUGCAUAACUGCUGUGAACAAUACUGGAAUGGAAUCAGAGAUAAGGUGUUUUACUCUGUACGUCAAAUCUCAACAGUUUAAUAAGUCGACUGAGACAGCGAAUGUGAAGCCGUAUUUUAUUGACGUGCCUGGUGUAGAUGAUUUUCUUAGCUGCCCUGUAGACGCCACGUGUGUUAUUCCUAUCUUUGUUAAGUCUAACCGCACUGUUUCUCACCUCAACGUGAUAGACAAUUUUAUCGACGAAAUCGCACCUGGAUCAAUAUCACAAACCACUCAUCGCAACGAAAAUGUUUUUAAAAUAGAUCUAUCAUUUCAUCAUUCUACGUCUGGAAAAUGGAACGUCUGUAUUCAAGCUGUAGAUGAUCUAAGUCAGAUGAGUGAGCCUCUGUGUAUCAAUUUAAUGUUUCAACCUGAAGAUCCUUGCUUCAGUACACCAUGCGAAAAUUACGGCCUUUGCAUCAAACAGGCUGAUCUUUCCGGUUUUUAUUACUGCGAAUGCUUCCAUGGAUACACUGGGAUGACUUGCGAAACUGCUCCCAAUCCGUGUGAUCCCGAUCCAUGCAUACACGGGUCUUGUUUUGCCAAUCAAAAUCCAUUCUACUGCUUUUGUUCUGAUGAUCCGGAAACCGGACAGGAAAAUGCUUACACUGGAACCAUAUGUGAUAGAAGGAAAGAUUUUUGCACCGCGUCUUCUUGCAAUAAUAGAAGUAUGUGCGUGAGUGGAAUAAGCAACUAUACGUGUGAUUGUUUUUCAAGAUACAGUGGAUCAAACUGUGAAAUAGACAAGUGCAAUCAGUCAGUCAGCAACACCACAUGCAAAGAAAUGUGUUCCCCGAAUUGUGAGAAUUCCGGUGUGUGUCAAAAUAAUAGUUGCCAAUGUACAUUAGCAUUUACUGGUCGUUCCUGUAAUGAAAGUGUCGGAGUAAACUUCGUCGGAGUCAAAUUCAUUCCACCAACGCCAACAACGGGAAGUGACAUCGAAUGCUAUAUAGUGAAUCAGGUCGUCAUGAAUUGUUCAUUCAGUGUAUAUUUAACAUCGUCAAAGGGGUAUGCACCAAAUAUGUCGAUUCAAACAACGUCAGCGUUGCAAGAUAGGAGCACAGUUGGCACGGCGACGACAUGGCCAAUCACCAUCGGUGCUAACAAUCUAUAUUAUUGUAUUGUUGAAAUAAAUGGUAAAAUAAAGGAUAGACGCGGACACUUCGCGUGCAUACACGCUACGGACAGGUUGGACAUAAAUUUGAAGGAUCAGGCGUGUUUUAAACUUCAGUUCAUACCAACAAAUACGACAUUCAAUAUACAGGAACUCGUGCAUUUCGUUCCACCAACACUUCUGGAAGACAGCACAUUUGUUUGUCAUCUUUCUGAGCGAUGUGGGCUGGUUCUAGCUACAAACAAGAAGAAUGGUCACUGUGAGGCAGUUGUAAGUGCAGCAGAUACAUUAACAAUUUUUGACCCAGUACCGGACGGCCAAGGGAGAUGCUUGACCCAAGUUGUUGUUUCUACAGCUACCGUAGAUUCAUACACGAGUUGUAUCAGAGCAGGGCCAUAUGACUAUGAAGAAAGAUGUUAUAAAUUCAUAGUGAAGAACUUAACAACAGAUCCAUGUGGCAGUUCAGGAAACCCUGUCAACGGUUACUGUCAGAACGAUGGCAAAUGUUUCACUGAAGGUGACCAGGACUACCAAUGCUUCUGCUCUGGAGAUGAAUACUCUGGAAAGAACUGCUCAAAAGGGCCAUGUUUGCCAGAAAACAGCAAUUGUUCACAAAAUGGAUUUUGUCUGACUGAUGGUAAAACGAACACAUGUAUGUGUCAAACUGGAUUUAAUGGCACGCUCUGUUCGACUGACAUAGCAAGUACAUAUCAAAAUUCAGCAACAAAUGGGGCAAGAUUUGUCACAUUUGGCAAACCAAACCAAGUUAAUUGCAACAAAAACAGAGAGUGCGGAACGUACACAUAUGUUUUCGGAACAUUCCAAAACAAUGAAAGUCCUAUUGUUGAGCUGGGUUUUGUGAGCGAACAACUGCAAGACAUUAAACUAGAAACAAGAAAACACACAUCAACAAACAAUCAGUUUCUAACCAGCGUCACGUUCAUCCCGAAGGAUAUUGGCCAAUAUUAUUUAUGUUUGCAAACCAAGAACAUAUUAAGUGUGAACAAAGAUGAAGUGUGUUUUGUGGUCAAUGUCACAGCAGGUGUUGGGCUGUUGUAUGGGAAAUUGGAUCUGCCUCAUUUUAUCAACCCAAGUCUUCAGCCUGAUUCCAUCUUUGAAUGCAGUACUGAUGAUGAAUGCCAUGUUCUAUACACGGUUACUUUGGGCGAAGGAAACGAUCAGGAAUGUAUCGAAUAUAACGUCGCACGAGCAGAAGACAUUAAAAUGCAUGUUUUUUCAACAUGUCAGUCGUGCAUUUCCCCGUCAAAUACUAAUUGCACGAUAGAUUUGGCGUUCCGCAUCCCAGUAUUUGUGAAUUUAAACGAAAGGAAAGUGUGUGUUUCACUUCUCUUGAAAAGUUCGGGAGAACGAGGUGAAAUGAGAUGUUUCCAUAUUUCAACAAACAACACUAGACAAGCAUACGGCUGUCAGGUUCUUGAAUGUUUGAAUGGCGGAUUCUGUGAUGGACAUGUGCAGGACAGUCCGGUGUGUUACUGCCAGAUAGGAUUCACUGGAAAAACAUGUGAAACUAAUGUAACUAAUGAUGAAAACGGGAGCUGCCUAAAUACGUUCAACAAGAUGUCUGGAAGUAUCUCAACAGAGUUCCGAUGUCCAGAGAGUAAUUGCUCCUAUCCGUUUACCGUCUGUCAGGCAAACAAUACCACGUUAGAAACUGGAUACGUGGCUUCACAACUGGAUAUCAAUAUAUCACCAUCAAGAAAUUACAAACAAAACCAGUGUGGUUGCACAACUUGGGUAGCUGACUUGUCAUCCGUGUUCAACGGUUCAUUUGCGUUUUGUCUUCAAAUUAAGGACAAUGCGACUGGAAUUGUACUGGAUGAAAUAUGUCCAAGGGCAAGUUUUACAGGCUCCGAGGCCUCGACACCAAUUACUUACAGGGACAAGCCAUAUUUUCUGGUUCCAACACUACCUGCGGAUUCUGUUGUGCUAUGUGUUCAAAAUGAAACGUGUAACUUGAAUGUCUACUACACAGAUGGAUCGACGUUAGGAGUACCACAACAAUGCCCAACCCUUAAAGAUACGAGCAUUACCAAAUUGGUUGGAUUAUACGUUUUCCCAUCGCAACAUAUGUCCACCCAAUGUAGCAGCUACUUGUCAUACAAGCCGGCAUCUACAAUUUUUCCUGGAGAAGUGCGAACGCUCUGUUUAAAAGUUUCAAUUCAAGGAAAACAAGGAGAGGAAAGAUGUUUCCGUUUAAAGAUUGUUGCAAAUGUGCCUUCUGAACUUGUCCGCCCUUGUCGAGGAGUCACCUGCUUUGGCGAUGCUGUUUGUACAACCGGAACAGAAAUGCAAUCAGGAACAUGUGUGUGUCCGCCUGGAUUUGUUGGCGUCAACUGUUUUGAAAAGGUCAACACAACCAAAGACCUGCCAGGCGUCACGGGUGUUAAUCUUACAUUUAGCGGCCCGGAAACUCCCCAUUUCGAUCUAACACACGGUAUCACAAAAACGCUGUCAUGCUUCGAGGGUAGAGAAUGCGUUACAUCUAUCUCGUAUAAUGGCCAACAGUCUAGACCACCCAUCAAGGGGUUUUGCAACUCUACGCUUUGGGUUACGGAAAGUGUACAGUCUUCUGGCAUUAGCAAUUCGAACUCCCAUGAACUGUUGGUGAACGUAAGUGGAACAGCUGGAAUAUAUAAAUGUUGUUAUCAAACAACAAUUAACGGACUUAAGGAAAGUCCUAACAUAGACGAAAUAUGCAUUGAGGUCAACAUUUUACAUCAAUAUAAUGGUGUAUCUGGAUUCAUGAAAGAAGUGCAGCUUACCCGACCUCCAGCAAAUUCCACAUUCAUUUGUCAAGCAAAUUCAACUUGUCAUUUGUCGAUAUCGACAGCACAAAAGAAUGGAAAAUGUGAUCCUAUUAAAGAAUGCAAGAAUGGUCUUGCGGGUACCCAUAUUUUCGACCCAGAAAUCGGUCCAGAUGGAAUGUGUUUAACAGAUAUAGGAUAUACAACAGAAGGACAACAGUCCGUAAAAGAUCUGUGUAUAAAGUCGGGUCAUAACGGUGAAGAACAACAUUUUGUGCUUGAAAUAAACAACUCACAAGGUUUCGGUCCAUGUCAAAAGAAACACUGUCUGAAUGGGGGUCGAUGUUCAUCAGAGUCUAGUACGCCAGUAUGCAUCUGUAAGGCAGGAUUUACUGACUACAACUGUGGGACAGAGGAAGAAUGCAAGAUUGGCUCCAUUCCAAGCAGUAUCACUUGCGGAAGCUCCUCCUGCUUCCUAGACUUCCUGGUCACUGGAAGUACCCGAAUGCCAUCUAUUGUGGAGCGUUCUUCUGGUCAUCUGUCACACACAGUCAAACAAGAUGGUGCUGCGUACACAUUUGCCAUUGAUAUAAACGCUCACAACACCACGGAAGUAUGCUUGAAUAUAUCCACAGGUGGACAUACAAGCGAGUGUAACAUGUCGACAUGUAUAGCAGUAAAAUACACAGAUACCUCGUCGAUCGGAACGCCGGUCCUAAAUUGCACGACGAAAGACGGCAAACCGGGUGAAUGUGAUAUUGUACUGAUUACCACAAAACCACUUUCCAACGGAGAAUGUCCGCAACUGUUCGUCCAUCCUGACACUACAUUGGAACGUGUUCACAUAUUCGAGAACAUGCUCAUCAAUUCUACUAACAUCAUGCCACACUGCGUUUCCCAAGUUUCCGCACACACCCCAAACGAGUCAACCCAAAAACUCUGCAUAAUGGAUAGUGCACAAAUUUUGAUGUGUCUAAACACCACGGUCACACAGCCAGCAUGCAAAGCCAGUACGGAAGCAACGACCCAAGCGAAGCAGCUGGUGAUGACAGGCAUGGUAAGUUGCGUCUGUAAGCUUGAGAGUAGCGAACCAAUCAACGUCAUCAAACGGAAUCCUCGCCCGUCGACGAAAGCGCUCACCAAGGUAGCCGGGUUUGGUGCCAGCGGCAUGGCCGGCGCAAUGGCCGUCGGUGUUCUCAUCUAUCUUGUGAUCAAGAAGAUCAAAGCCAAACCCUCCACCGUGAAAUGCAUGAAUGCGAAGCCUCAGCCUGCCAUGAAACCAAAAGCAGAAGUAGCCCCGGCAUCACCGGAAGUGCCGAGUUUUCUGAAGCGUCGACAGGUUCGGCCAGAAAUGGCGUGGGAACAGGGAUUUUAAGCAGAGCAAAACUGAUGUAUUUAUUUACACAAAUUUAAAGAAAACAUUGACACUGUAAUAGAUAGUUGGUGAUGGGUUAAUUCACAAUAUUUUAGUUAAUUUGAAUUGAUAGAAAUGACAUGACGGUCUUUGACAUAUCAAAUGAGUUAAUUUAUACAGAAAUAGUGUACGGUGUUGGUGUGAACUUUUGUGGAUUUUUACGUGAAAAAUAUAGGAAAAAGUUUGGGCAAAUCGUGUUUCAAGUUGACAGAUUUUGAUGUUGUUUUUGUUCUGUGUUUACAGAUUAAUUUGUAUGCUUUUCUUUCGUUUUAACUUAUUUUUUCUUCACAUGUAGUGUUGUUGUACUUUUCUAUUUUAUCUGUUAUAGACAUUCAAAUUUAUGUUUAUAGUGUACCUACUGUACUUCUGAAUAUAGUUUGGGAAAUGGAAUUUAGUUCUCGAAUAAAUAGUGAGCAAUUGA